AUGGCUGCAGAACCGUCUCCCGCAAAGGCGUCUGCAGCAGACGGAGACAACUACACCCGCCUGCACAUCACGCCUCUUGACCACGAGCUCGUCAAGAUUGUCAUCCCGGCCUCGGUGCUCCCCGGCGCGCGCAACAUGUCCUUCCACACGCUCGAGACCUUUCCCGAGAAGCGGUACGGGUUCGUCGACUUGCCUGAAGUGGAGGCCGAGAAGCUGAGAAAGAAGCUCCACGGCGCCACCUUGAAGGGCUGCAAGGUGCGCAUUGAAAAAGCUCGGCCGGAGAAACGAGCCGAACCGGCGGGUGAUGCCGACGCCGAGUCGAGAAGAAGGAAGGUCAAGUCAAAAGACGACCUCGGGAGCACGAUGAAGCGAAAGCGUGACCACAAUGUCUUGCAGGGCUUCGUGCUCGAGGGUCGAAAAGUCAAGCGGGGCUGGACGGAACCCGCCGAUGCAAAACGAAGAAAUAGGAAGAGCAAGGACAAGCCUGCCCAGCACCAGGACCAGGAGAAGAGGAGACGCCAAAAAUCGACAUACACGGAGCAGGACGAGUGUCUUCUCAAGACGAGGCUGCCGCCGAAUGCCGUGAGAAAUUUGCCCGUCACAGAUGCCUACAAGAAGAAGAAGAAGAAGGGGAACAUUCGAGAGGUCACGGUUCACGAGUUCGAAAAGACCACCAAGUUCCCUGGUUUCUUGAAGAACACGGCACCCGAAAUGAACGGCAAGCCGGCGGCAGAGUUUGUGCAAGGCAAAGGCUGGGUCGACGAGGACGGCAACGUCGUGGAGACGGUGAAGCAGAUAGAGCCCCCAGCGACGACGCCUAAGCGCGAGAAAUCCUCCAAAGAAGAGACCUCUGCACAGGAGCGGGCAGACGGUGACGACACCAGCAGCAGCGGAACAUCGUCAGCUGAGGCAGAAGAGCGGCAGGGCUCCAGCUCGGAUGGAUCCGAAGCGGCCGAGGCUGAACAGGAGCACAGCGAAAGCUCAGGAGAGGACGACACAUCCAGCGACGACUCCUCUGCCGGGGAGACAGAAACGCCGGCAUCAAUUCCCACAAACAAACGAGAGGACACGAGACCAGUGUCGUCCAGCUCCUCCAGGAGCCUCAGUAUCAAGAUCCCGCCACCGCCCGCCACCCCAUCCGCCAGCAAAGUCCACCCCCUCGAAGCGCUGUACAAGCGGGCCAGGCCGGCCGAGGCAGCCGCGGCUCAAGAGCCCCAGCCAUUCAGCUUCUUUGGCAGCGGCGGCGGCGGCGACGACGCAGACGAGGACGACAUUGACGACGAGGCCGCGCCUGUCUCUGUGCCCAUGACCCCGUAUACCCGACAAGACUUUGAAUGGCGAAAGGUCCGAAGCGCCGCGCCGACUCCUGACACCGCGCACCCCAGUCGCAGUAAGAACUUUUUGUCCUCACAGGAAGACGAUGCCGACGUGGACCAUGCCGCUGAAGACGAGCAGGGGGAGGACGGCGACGAGGCCGGGGGAGGCGCCCCAUCUCAGGGGCGAGCGGGAUCGAGUGACUUUCAGACAUGGUUCUGGGAAAACAGGAGGGACUUGAACAAGUCGUGGAUGGGUAGGCGGAAGAGCGCGGCAAAGGAGAAGAGGCACAAGGAGAAUAGAGCGAGGGCUUCCAAGGCAGUGUAG